CUCUCUAGAGGUCACAUGGAACUAGGCCUGGUGUCUAAUCAUGUCUCACCUCAAUCCCUCUCCCUCCCUCCCCCUCCAGGUAUGUUAACCUUUAACCUCCUGGGUGUCCCACUGGUGGGGGCUGAUGUCUGUGGCUUCAGUGAGCAGACUGAGGAGGAGCUGUGUGUUCGCUGGACACAGCUAGGAGCCUUCUACCCUUUCACACGCAACCACAACGCUAUCGACCAGAAGCCCCAGGACCCUCCAGUGUUCAGCCCUCGAGCCCGUUCAGCCAUGAAACAGUCUCUCCUGCUACGCUACUCUCUCUUCCCUCUGCUCUACACACUGUUCCACCGUGCACACACACACGGACACACCGUCGCUCGCCCUCUGCUGUUCGAGUUCCCCAAGGACGUGAGAACGUAUGGGAUAGACAGACAGUUCCUAUGGGGGAAGAGUUUGAUGGUGACACCCGUAUUAGAUCCAGGUGUGGACUAUGUUGUGGGCUACUUCCCUCAAGGUCUCUGGUACGACUACUAUACAGGUGAUUCUAUCCGUAGUAAAGGAGAAGAGUUGAGGCUCAAGGCUCCUCUAGAGCACAUCAACCUUCACCUGAGAGAAGGAGCUGUCGUACCUACACAGCGUCCCAACACAACCCUGUUUGUGAGCAGUGGUCAGCCGCUCCACCUCGUGUCCAGUCUGUCUGAAGACGGCUCGGCCGGAGGAGAGCUAUUCUGGGACGACGGAGAGAGCAUCGACACCUUGGAGACCGACCAGUACGCUCACAUAGUGUUCACUGUGGUGAAGAACACGAUGACAUCGGAGGUGCUGCACGACCACGUGGAGGCUUCCUACAUCACCGUGGAAACAGCCUCCUUCUACGGCGUGAAGGCGGAGCCUACCAGGGUCACGGUCAACUCCCAGGAUGCUGCAUUCAGCUACAGAGCCAAUCAGGUGUUGACUGUAACAGACCUAGGACUGAAUCUCAGCCAGAACUUCACCAUCAGUUGGAUCUAACAGGUUUUCCCAAAAAUGGGAAUUCUGACCUUUUGGAAUGUUGAUGGUUUCCCUGACGGUCUCUACUGCUUUACUCCCCAUGUCUGUGUCCCAAAUGGCACCCUAUUCCCUAUAUAGUGCACUACUAAUGACCAGGGCCCUUGUGUAUAGGGUGCCAUUUGAGACAGGUAUGGUCUCUGUGAAGCUUUAUAGUGGUGGUGAUGACAGUAUUUAUUUUAGCUGAUUUUAUGGUAUAAACAUCUAUGAAAAAUGACAUUUUAUAUAGUAUUUAACUGAUAAAUGUCUAUAAUAAUGCCUCCACCACACAGUGUAACCAGCCCACAGUACAGCCAGACCCGGUUACCGGGAUUUACCUCCCAAAACCACUCCCUUUUCCCGGGAUUAAUAACAUUGAGACACUGAUAAAUGGUGUUAAAUGAUAUGCCCUGUCUGAAUCUGGCUUCUCUACGGCCUCUGCAUAAUGAAUCAGCGAUCGGGGUGGGGGACAGACGGGCCGUCUCGGGGUGGGGGAC